AUGGCGGGGUUAAGUCAGGGAAGGUCAUAUCGUAGGCAAUUGUUUGAUGAGAUAUUUGAUUUUAGUGAAGAUGAUAGUUUGUUCACUGAAGAUGUGGAGGAAGAUGAAUCAGCUGGUGAUCAAGAUAUGAACGAAGGAGGCAUUAGAGCAGUAGCAAACACUAAUGCUAUUGAAGAAGGUCCUCUAACAGGGAUGUUAUUUCCUUGUAUCAGCACUAUGUUCAACUUCUAUAAAGAACAUGCUAGAUUGAAAGGUUUUAGUGUUUUCAAAAGAUCAGCAGUUAAUGUACGGGGUGGAUCUCGCAAAUAUCAAACAAUUAGUUGCGAUAAAGGAAGGAAAGCAAUUGGUGCGAAAUCAUCAAAAAGGAUAAAUUGUCCUGCAAAGAUUAAUGCAAUCCUAAGAGAAAAUGGAAUGUGGCAGAUUUCAAAAGUUAUUUCAAGUCACAAUCACGAAUUGGAACCUUCUAUGUCUAGAUUGAUGGUUGCUCACAGGUCACUGAAUAUGGAUAUGAAGAGGAGAUUGGAGGCAAACGAUAUAGCUGGCAUAAGACCCGCAAAAAGCAUUAGGUUGCUUGAAGUUCAAGCAGGUGGACCAGAAAAUUUAAGCUGUUUGUCAAAGGAUUGUCGAAACUUCAUUGAGCGAAAGAGGAGGCUACGACUUGGUGAUGGUGAUGCUGAGGCUAUACUUCAUCCUCGUAGUCGAGCUGCUUACGAGGAAUUCAAUGAUGUUGUUAGUUUUGACACUACUUACCUUGUUAAUCGAUACAAGUUGCCAUUUGCCACCAUUGUUGGAGUAAAUCAUCAUGGGCAAUCUAUUUUAUUAGGAUGCGCCUUGAUCUCACAUGAAGAUGUAAACACUUUUAAGUGGUUGUUCAUGACGUGGCUUGAAGCAAUGGAAGAUGUUCAUCCUAAUUCUAUUCUUACAGAUCAAUGCGAGAGCAUGAGGAAAGCCAUUAGGGAGGUAAUGCCUAAUACUAGACACAGAUUUUGCUUGUGGCAUAUAUUAUGCAAGGUACCUGAGAAGUUUAAGGGUGUUACUGAUUAUGAUAGUGCAUGCCUUGAGUUUAAAGCUGUAAUAUAUGAUAGCUUAACCAUCGAGAUGUUUGCGAGAAAUUGGAAUGAGUUUGUGGUGAAGCAUGGGUUGGAAAGAAAUGAAUGGCUUUCCAAACUAUAUGUUGAUAGGGAGUAUUGGGUUCCAAUUUAUCUCAAUCACACAUUUUGGGCUGGAAUGGUUUCGACUCAAAGGAGUGAGAGCAUGCAUGCCUAUUUUGAUGGGUAUGUUAACUCAAUGAGCACACUAAAGCAAUUUGUGGAGCAAGAUGAGAUUGCUAUGUGUGACAAGAAUUAA